AUUCAGAUUUGAUGAAUUCACGUGUAUGUGUUCAUGUCAAAAAUAUAACAAAUAAAAUAUUUAUUAUAAAUCAUAGUAGAAGUUAUUAAAUUGCAAAUAUUAAUUCAAGUAUAAUUAUUCAAAAAUUAGUCUAUAAAAAGCUGUUAGAAUGUCUUCAGCUGCAGUAUCUAAAGGAACUUUUCAUCCAGAUUCUGAUGUUCACAUUACAUUUGAAGACCAACAAAAAAUCAAUAAAUUUGCCAGACUAAACGCUCGAGUUGAGGAAUAUAAAGAUGAAUUAAAAGCUAAAGAAGCAAUAUUAAAAAACUUAGAAGAUGCAUCUGAAGAGUUAAUGUUAUUAGAUGAAGAUGAUUGUCCAAAUCUGCCAUAUCUUUCUGGAGAAAAUUUUGUAUACUAUAAUUUAGAAACAGCACAGAAUAAUUUGGAAGAAUUUAAAAAAACUAGUGGAAAAGAGAUGAAGGAUAUUGAAUCAAAAAUUAAAGAAACCACAUCUACAAUGAGUGAUUUGAAAACACAUUUGUAUGGUAAAUUUGGCAACAAUAUCAAUUUAGAAGCUGAAGAUUAAAAUAUUUUUUUUUUAAUAUAUUAUAAAAUAUUAAACUA